UCGCCUUGAGCUCAAAAACCCUACUAAAACCUCUUCUCCGCCAAUUGUUUCUUCUAUCGUUUUUCUAAAAGCUUGCGACGAUGCUCAGGCUCUCAAAACGUUCUGUCUCCACCCUCCUACGCUCCGGCGACAGAAGCUUCCGCGUCGGCGCCGCGACUUCGAUCUCCCGCUCUUCCCCAUCUACCACGGAUGUGAAGAGAGGUGACAUUGAAUCGAGAUGGUACUCGUCGUUAACCAAUGGAAACUGUAGGAAGAGUGAGUCAUUGGCUCAUUUAAACAUGAAAACCAAUCGGUUUACGGGAAACCGGUACGAAUCCACUGCAGCUGCAUCAGACUCUUCCUCUCAGGGACCUCCUCCACCCGUUGAGAAAUAUGAAUAUCAAGCUGAAGUUAGUCGUCUCAUGGACCUUAUUGUUAACAGUCUGUACAGUAACAAGGAGGUGUUUCUUAGGGAGCUUAUCAGUAAUGCUAGUGACGCGUUGGAUAAGUUGCGUUAUUUGAGCGUUACAAACCCUGAUCUCUCCAAGGAUGUUGCUGAUCUUGAUAUACGCAUCUAUGCAGACAAGGAGAAUGGUGUAAUAACCCUCACUGAUUCAGGUAUUGGUAUGACACGGGAAGAAUUAGUUGACUGCCUUGGGACUAUCGCGCAAAGUGGAACUGCCAAGUUCUUUAAAGCUAUUAAGGAUAACAAGGAUGCAGGUGGUGACAAUAACUUAAUUGGUCAAUUCGGUGUUGGGUUCUAUUCAGCCUUCCUGGUUGCAGAGCGGGUCACUGUGUCAACGAAGAGCCCAAAGUCUGAUAAGCAAUAUGUAUGGGAAUCAGAAGCAGAUUCAAGCAGUUACACUAUUAAAGAAGAGACUGAUCCUCAGUUACUCAUUCCUAGAGGAACACGUAUUACUUUGCAUCUUAAGCCGGAGGAAAAAGGAUAUGCGGAUCCAGAGCGUGUUCAGAAGCUCGUGAAAAACUAUUCUCAGUUUGUUUCUUUCCCUAUAUACACGUGGCAGGAAAAGGGAUACACAAAAGAGGUUGAAGUUGAAGAUGAUACAGCUGAGUCAAAAAAAGAUGACCAGGAUGACCAGACUGAGACAAAAAAGAAGACCAAGAAGGUUGUUGAGAGAUACUGGGAUUGGGAGCUUACUAAUGAGACGCAGCCAAUUUGGCUCCGGAAUUCUAAGGAGGUGACUACAGAGGAAUACAAUGAAUUUUACAGGAAAACUUUCAACGAGUAUUUGGACCCAUUGGCAUCAUCCCACUUCACAACAGAGGGUGAGGUCGAGUUUAGGUCUAUCCUUUACGUGCCACCUAUUUCACCAACGGGGAAGGAUGACUUGGUUAAUCAAAAGACGAAGAACAUAAGGCUCUAUGUAAAACGAGUUUUCAUUUCAGAUGAUUUUGACGGGGAGCUGUUUCCUCGGUACUUGAGCUUCAUUAAGGGUGUUGUGGACUCACACGAUCUCCCACUUAAUGUUUCCCGUGAAAUUCUUCAAGAAAGUCGCAUUGUGCGGAUCAUGAAGAAACGUCUUGUGAAGAAAGCUUUUGAUAUGAUUUUGGGGAUUUCCUUGAGUGAAAAUAGAGAAGACUAUGAAAAGUUUUGGGAUAAUUUCGGCAAACAUCUAAAACUGGGAUGCAUCGAGGACCGUGAGAACCACAAGCGUAUAGCUCCAUUGCUUCGAUUUUUCUCCUCCCAGAGUGAGAAUGACAUGAUCAGUUUGGAUGAAUACGUCGAGAAUAUGAAAGCUGAACAAAAAGCUAUAUAUUACAUUGCUUCCGACAGCAUCACAAGUGCUAAGAAUGCACCUUUCCUCGAGAAGCUUCUGGAGAAGGAACUUGAGGUACUAUAUCUGGUAGAACCCAUUGAUGAAGUUGCCAUACAGAGCUUGAAAUCUUACAAGGAUAAGGACUUUAUCGACAUCAGCAAAGAAGACUUAGACUUAGGUGACAAGAACGAGGAGAAAGAAGCAGCUGCGAAAAAGGAGUUUGGGCAGACUUGUGAUUGGAUAAAGAAACGGUUGGGCGAUAAGGUUGCCAGUGUUCAAAUUUCGAGCCGUCUUAGUUCAUCGCCCUGUGUUCUUGUGUCUGGUAAAUUUGGUUGGUCAGCCAACAUGGAGAGGCUAAUGAAGCAACAAUCAUCUGGUGACACAACAAGCCUCGAGUUCAUGAAAGGAAGAAGAGUGUUUGAGAUCAAUCCUGACCACUCGAUUAUCAAGAACAUAAAUGCUGCUUACAAGAGUAACCCAAAUGAUGAAGAUGCGAUGAAAGCCAUAGAUCUUAUGUAUGAUGCAGCACUAGUUUCUAGUGGGUUCACGCCUGAGAAUCCAGCAGAGCUCGGUGGAAAGAUAUAUGAGAUGAUGGGUGUUGCUCUUUCCGGGAAAUGGUCAAGCCCUGAGGAGGUCCAGCCACAGCAGCAUGUCCCAAAUUCUCACAAUGCAGAGCUGUUAGAAGCUGAAGUGGUUGAACCAGUCGAAGUGGAUGGGAAGAAAUGAACAAAAGCCUAAUAACAUCCCUGUCCUGCUACGCUUCUGUUCUCAUAUCAUUUUCUUCUUUUAUUAUAGCAGCAGCAUAAGUAGAACUCCAGGAUUCUGAAUUUAGCAAACAAUAAGCAAUGAGUCCAUAAAUAUUCUCUAUCAAUGUUGAACAGACUGAGAACGUUAUGCUUUUUUGUAUAACUCGAAUAAAAUUUGAGAGAUUGAA